AUGCAGAAACAAAGACGAAUAAACAUUGACUUCACUAAUGCCAGGUCAAGGUUCAGCCAAAGGACAAAUGAAGCAACAUUAGUUGUUGGUCGGAAAAAUGGAGAUGAUGUGAUAUCUGCCAAUAGCAAUAAGCCAAUCAAUCAAAGUCCACGAGUAACUUCAAUUGACAAUAAAGCAAACCAAGAGUCUAAGUUGCACAAUGUUAAAAGAGGCAAAGAUCCCAACGAAGCUAUUUCGAACAUCAAAGAUAAAUCUAGUGAUUUACACACAGAAAAUAAUAAUUCCUCGGUCGCUUAUAAGCCGGUGACACUUACUGUGAAGUUUCACGAAUCCAGAACUUCUCCAGAAACAGUUCUUAUUGAUCCUAAAUUGGUGCCUGGUGCAAAAGUUGGUGAUAUAGGUGAAGUGCAAUGUUUGUUUGGGUCCAAAAAAAAAUUCUUUUUCAAAUUCAAAGAGUUCAAAAGGGACACUACCGGUUCUACUUUUGACUCUAACAACUCUGCGAAUAACAUAGUGUCCAUUUUAUCAGGACCAAUAGUGAGUACUUUAGAUUUGAAACCAAGAAGCCAAGUUCUAAUACGUGUAAGAACCAAAGAAUCAGUGCAAGCGGACACUAUUGAAAUAUAUGUGAAAGAUAUACACCUCUCAAGAGGUAACAUGUGGAACAUUUCAAAUCUGAUAGUCGAUAAGUGUAUCCAUAAGAACGAAAAACUCUCUUUCAUAAAUGGAUCUAUCCGGUUGAGUGUAAGUAAAAUCUAUAAAAAUGGGCAUAAGUUUUUUUCUUCCUACAUUGGAAAAGAUACAAAGAUCGUUUUUAGAUCUGAUUCAGCAAGACUGAUAGUAUUUAUUCAAAUUUCAUCGGAGAUGUGGCAUUUUGAAGAGAGUGGCCAGCAGAUGUUUCACAAACUGGUAAACUCUUUUUUCCCCAAAGCUUUUCAAAAAUGGAAGGACUUAGGAACUCAUCAUUUGAUAACAAUCAUCCUAUUCAGCAGUGUAGAUUUAGAAGGGGAAAAGAUAAGAUAUUUGGAAGGAGAGACUCCACCAAAUAAGACCGAUUAUUAUAGGGUCGUUGUCGACCAAGUCCAUAUUUUACUUUGGAAUGAAAUAAUGGCAACUCUAAGACUUGAAUUUGCCAAUUUCAAACGAGACAUAUAUUUGCAUAAAAAUAAGCACAUGGACGAAAGUCAUCCACAAGAGUAUCUUAUCCAAGGAAGCAUCCUACCAUCAGCAAAGGGCUCAGUUUUAGAGGCAAUUAACUUGGGUAUGAGCUUGGUUUGUGAUGACUUCAAAGAUUCAUAUCUAAGACAAACAACCAAUCACUUUAUUAUGAUAUCGCCAGGUACUGGUCUCUUUGAUGUUUCUUAUGACAUGCUGAUAAGGACUAGCAAAUUGAUGACUACUGUCGAUUCCACCGUCGAUAUAAUAUGCCUGAGUCAGCCUCCAUUGCAUAUAGUCCCACUUGUCAGGUAUCUCGAUAAUCAAAAUAGACUAAAACAUUGCAUACCUAACUGGCUUGACAUUUCCUUCUGGAGUGACAGUAGUCAAGCUGUUCAUCAAUGGUUACCAAAAUGUAAAAUCUACGAACUACAAAUGAUGGGAGUUAUGGAAAAUGAAUUAUCCACUGUUACCAUCAAUGACUUGGAUUUGUCGAGCUAUAGGUCUGCGCUUGAUGCGAUGGAAUCGUAUGACAAAGAUGUUUUCAAUAGUGUGAUCAUAAAGAAAGACAAGAAAAAUGGAUCGAAGGCAAAGAAAGUUACAGGUUACAACAAAUAUGAUGAAAAUGGUACGAAAAACAGAACAAUGACAAUUACCAAUCGUAAAAGCAGCAUAUACGUCGAUACGGUAGAUGAUGCUUUGAAGCCAUCUGAAUUGAUAAUAACGCAAAAUAAAUCGUCGCCUGCAACUUGCAAUGCAGUGGGUGUUUCAACUACUUCCAAAUCCAAUGUAUCGGCAUUUUCUUCUUUGCUAUCUCUUUCGAAAAAUACAGACGUUAAAACACCUACCUCCACUGCAUAUAAUUUUGAAAAACAUCAAAAUGAUAGCACAAGAAGUUCAACUUCCAGUGCGGUGACAAUCAAUAGAAGUGGCACUAGUAUCAGCCAGCUUUCGAAUAAAAACAUGGUUUUGAGGCCUAAACAGUACAGUAGGAAUAAAAGGACUGGCGUGAAAUCACCUAAAAAGGUGAACAAGGAGCAAAACCGUGCUAAAUACCUGGAGGAACGUGAUUCUAUACUCAACAGCUAUUGGACAAAUAUUGAGAAUCCAUCAAAUAGUUUAACAGCUGAACUUUUAGGGAAAAUAUCAUAUGGUAGAUGGAGGUUUGUAUUCCCUCCUAAUGUCAGACGGAGAGCGGUUAAGUGGAUAUCCUUGUCGUCACCCGCUUCUUUGCCUAUAUUGACUACGAUUUUUCCAGCUUUGACUGACUUCAACCAAAAUUACACUUUCCGAAUUUACGACGUCUUGCUUAACCAGGAUAUUGUGAAUGAAAAUCAAACAAGUGAGACCUUAAUGCAAAACAUGAUAUCUUUGAGGCUAUCCCUGGGUUUUCAAAUCUGUAUUGGUGAGAAGGUAGAGAAGGUUGAGAAACACAGAAAGCCAAACGGUGAUGGUAAAAUGUUGAUUCAGUUUAUGAAUCCAGGAAAGUAUAUUGGUUCUAGAGUAUACCUCAGCUUAGGCAAUGAAAUACAUAGAAUCUGCUGUGAUUUCAACAGUUUGAUCAAUGUUCAGGUUUAUAAGCGUAUUACAAGUACUGAUGAACAAUUAACUUUGUUAAGUGAUAGACAGUAUGUGGAAUUUAUUAGGACUAGGUACUCUGAGGUUUAUUCACCAGUGACUAUAACUAAUUCAACUAAUGAGAACUCGAGAAACUACAACUGGAAUCAACUAGAUCAAGUUCUUGCAGGAUAUGAUGAAUCAAUAGACAAGCAAAAAUAUCAUAGGAUGAAAUUUGUUGUUUUACCUGCCACUGUUCCCGAAAAUGCGUUCUCGCUAACAAAUGAGAAACUUACCACGGAAGAAAUUAGACUAGAGGGUAUUAGGUCGUUGAUCAUGAAUAUCUACAAAAUCAAAUUUAGAACCAAGGAGGAGAAGAAGGUUAAUAAACGACUUGAAAUUUCUCCGGAAAUUUAUUUUUACACUGGGAGUUUAUUUGAAUAUCUUGGAAAUGAGUCUAACUCCUUGAAAAAACUGUAUGGCACCAAUUCUUUUAUCCCAGAUUCUAUAUUAUCACCAUCAAACCGAAGCUCAGCUAGAACACAACACCUUAAUAAAUCGAUUGAUCCAUAUAAGUUAGUUGCAAUUUUGCAAAGUCAUGAGGGAAUUCCUAUUAUUGAUAGGCAUUGGCAUCUUACAUUUUAUAGAAACUGCUUCCUCGGAAUGGAUUUGGUCGAUUUUUUGGUUGAACAUUUUGAGGAUAUCGAAACCCGGGAGGAGGCAGUUGAUUAUGGUAAUAACUUGAUGUCAGAAAAAGUUUUUUCACAUGUUGUUUCAAAGCAUAAUUUCUUGGACGGUCACUAUUUCUACUAUUUGGAAAAGAACUUUACGGAAAACUCAGCAAAACUUUCAGUUGUGGAUAAAGAAUUUGGUAAUUCCGAAAAAGAUAGCAAGAAAGAAAUUAAAACAAGAAAUCGCAGUAAUACGACGCAGGACUCUGGCAUUCAAAGUAAUGAUAAUAAGGAUGCUGAGAGGGAUAUCAAAUUUCAAAAAGAAAAAACUGUCAUGCUAAGCAAAGAAGUUCUAUGUGAUUUAGAUCCUAAUGGAUAUUCAUGGCAACCAGAAUUGAUAAAGGUACAUUAUGAUAUUGUUCACAAUCCUGAUCAUUGCUUUCAUCUUAGAAUUGAGUGGCUGAACACCACCUCAAAACUCAUUGAAGACCUAAUCAACGGAUGGAGUAAAUAUUGUGAGCGUUACGGUCUAUCUUUGGUUGAAAUACCUUGGGAAGAGUUGUUUACGCUGCCAAUCAGGAACCCCUUGCAUUCCACAAUUGAGAUAUCAUUGGCACUAAACCCUUGGGAGGAUGAAGAGUUCAAAGGACUAGAAAAGAUUUACAGAAAGGAGAAAUAUUAUUUCCACUUGUAUCUUUUGCGGAAAAGCUCAUUUAUGCUUGAUAACCGUACUGCAAACUUCUUUAAAAACGAUGACUUUGAUGUUGUUUACAGUUGGGGAAAACCCAUGUUCAAGUAUGCUCAAUUUAUUCAUUCGACUGGUGGAUAUAUUGCGGAGCUCCGUACCAAUGGCGACUUCUUCUUAGCGCCUAACAACGCACACAUUUCAAGGUUGAAUUUGAACAUUGGUAAACUCCACAACUUGGGGAAAAGUAAAGCCAUUUAUUUUGAUUCUCAAAGUGUUAUGUUGGAAUUCAGAUCGGUGUGUACAGAUAAGGACAAAUUAAGAGAAUUAUUCCGGCAAGGUAUAAAGUCUUUUGAAAAAGACGUAGAAGGUGAAGAAUUCGUGUAA